AAUGGUUUGGAAGCCUCCACUCAUAAACUAGCCAACAACACUGCACCACGCGCAUGUUCUCACCAUGAUACGAGCACUCGCGCUCUUUUUGUCACUAUGGAACGCUCCAUUGUAUACUUUCCCGGUAGCUGCUGCGAAUCAAAAGGAAUACCCUACCAAGUCUGGUCUUCGAGCGUGGGUGGACCCAGCGACGCCAGCCAGCGCACAAUCGAUCACAACAUCCAGAGGUGAGAAAUGGCAGCUCGUCAUGAGCGACGAGUUCAACACAGCAAACCGAAGCUUCCGACCGGGCGACGACCAUCUCUGGACUUCGCUAGAGAAACCUGACGGCGUGAACGGAGCCCUCGAAGUUUAUUCCCACAACAUGACCUCCACGAAAUGCGACGCCGAUGGAACGUGCUACUUCUACAUCGAAGCCAUUGACGAUGUGAGCGAGAUAACCGUAUACAACGCGUACCUGAAUCCUCCUCAGUACGAGAACGUGUCCUUUUUCUAUAGAGCAGGAAUGGUGCAGUCAUGGAACAAAUUCUGUUAUCAAGGUGGUCUCAUGGAGGUACGGGCUCAACUACCAGGAGCACUAUCCAAGAAUUCUGGGAAUCCAGACCUUGCACUCGGUAAAUCCGGACGAGUAACAAGUGGCAGCUACUAUCCGACGUGGCCGGGCAUUUGGAUGAUGGGGAACCUCGGUCGUGCUAUUUUCUCAGCUUCCACGAGUCGAAUGUGGCCAUUCUCCUACAACAAAUGCGAGCCAGAUAUCUUUGACCCAAGAAAUCAACGUAUCAGCGCGUGCGACGAUGAUCCAGGCUACGGGUUGAACCCGAACCAAGGCCGUGGAGCCCCUGAGAUCGAUAUCUUAGAAGGAGGCGGGGUGGCUAUCUCGUCAUCCUUACAGAUUGCGCCUGGAAUGCCCAGUGACUUCAGAUUGUUCCCAGCGGAAGAAAAAUACGACGCAAAGAAUAUAUACUGUGUGUACCAGUACAAUUGCGAGACACCCGGUGCGAACCUCAUUGACAUUCCGACCACGUACUACGAAAAGGAGCGUGGCCAUAAGUCCUGGUAUCAAGGUCUUCGCUACGCUUCGAACAACUUUUGUGCUCCCACCGCGGAUGAAAAACAGGAUCUCGAUACGAUUAAAGCGUCGCUGAAAGCUGGAAUCACAGAUAAUACGUGCACGAUUGAGACGUGCCCAGGGUCACUUGACCCGAACAGUGCCUUGGAACUGAUCGACGGAGUCGGUUCGGAGUAUUGGGGUAUCAACAGCAACGGUACGUGCUUCCCGGUUAUGAAUUCAUACAUGGGUUCGUACUUGUGUGACCCGGAUAAUACCGAUGAAAAAUGCCUCGAACCGCGCAACUCUACCACACCGAAAAGUAACUCGAUGGAGCCGUUUAACUACCAAAUGGAUGCAAUCUCAGCAAAUUGGCCGGUGCAUUUAGGCGCGUAUAUGGACUAUUUCGUGUAUCAAGUCGAGUGGGUGACUGGAGAGAAUGGAUAUGUACGCUGGAUGGGGGCCGGUCAACCUCUCUUUGAAGUUACAGCGGAGGCUUUCUCUGUUGUUCCUCAAAAUGACAAGAAAAAUAAUCCGCAAAAACUCAUGUUAGAGGAACCGAUGUCGAUUAUAUUCAACGUGGCUUUGUCACGUUCAUGGGGUGCAGCACCCCCUAAUCCAGGUUACGAAUGUCGUGGCGAUGGUACCGAUGAGACUGUCAACAAAAUUUGCGAUGACUUCCCGAUGUUCCUGAAAAUUGAUUAUAUCCGAUUGUACCAGGAUCCUAAAGGGAAUCGUGGUAAGGACGACUACAUGCAACUUGGAUGUGAUCCAGCGAGCCACCCGACACGAGAAUGGAUUCAAGGUCACUUGGAUGAGUACGAGGACUUUGAUAAUCCCUGGACGGAGGUAGUUGGUAAAGGUUUCUGCGAGACUGACAAUGACUGUACUAUUGGUAAUAACGGGAGUCGAAAAUUAGUCACGGGAAAAUGCGUCGAAUCUCGCUGUGUCUGCUCGUAUCCGGAUUCGUGGGGUGGACCAAGAUGCACUAUUGCUCUCGCUGAAGAAUCGACCAGCACGGGAGCCAUUAUGCAGCGUACGUAUGGUCCCUCCAUGGGGGUAUCUCUCACUGUGGCAAUCAUUUCACUUUUAUCGACUUUUAUCGCUGCCUGGAUGUCCGUGCGAACGCUGAAGAAACAGGCAGAUGAGGCUAUCAAGACGGCAGAAGAGAAGAAAAUGGAGCAAACACGUCCGUCGUUCCCCAUAAAUCUGUCCAUUUCAGAAUACGAUAUUACGCCACAGCCAAAGGAUAAUUACAGUCAGAACUUCUUGUAGAUCGC